GCCAAAAGACCAGUCGAGGAAGCGGCCCUCAAGGUCCCAAGAGGGGCCACCAAGUAAAAAGAUCCAGCUAGCGAAGCCUGGCAAAGAUCGUGCAGAGAAGACCCAAAAACGCAGUCGGCCGAUCACAAAACCUGCACAAAAUGAGAGCGAGACUGGAUCAGAGGACGAGUUUCCGGAGGGUACUGGCAACGAGGAAGAGGCAGAGGAGGAAGAUGAUGUCGACGAGGGCAUGGCCGUGGACUCCGAUAGCAAACACGUAAAGAUAAAUAAUGGACAAUCUGCAAAAGAGUCGCACAAGGCCCAAAAAGUCCUCCUAAACGAGCGGAAAGCAGCCAAACCGCAUGCCGACAUGUUAAGCAACGCCAAACGUAUAUGGAACCUCGCACGCCAGAAAAAUGUACCCGAACCCGAGCGGCGAAAGCAUGUCCAAGACCUGAUGAACGUUAUCCGAGGCAACGUCAAGGAUAUCGUCUUCAAGCACGACGCUAGUCGAAUCGUGCAGACGGUAGUGAAGUAUGGAAAGCAGGAUGUAAGGGAGGAGAUCGCAGAAGAACUCAAGGGCAGCUACAAAGAGCUAGUACAGAAGAGAUACUCGAAGUUUCUCGUGAACAAGCUGAUCAAACAGUGCCCCUCACACCGCGCCGCCAUCCUCCUUGAAUUCAAAGGGAACGUAAUCCGCUUACUGCUCCACCGCGAAGCCUCCAGAGUGAUCGCAGAUGCCUACGAACUGUACGGGAACGCCUACGAGCGUUCCAUUUUGCUGCGGGAUUUCUACGGGAAAGAGGCGGCAUUAUUCUCGAUGACAAGCGGCAGCGAUGCGGAUAAGGAGCGGUCGAAGAAGGGGCUGAAGGGCGUGUUGGAGGGCGCGCAGGGCGAGACACGCAAAAGGGUCUUGAAUGCACUAAAAGAAAAUCUGCUCUUGAUAUUCAAUAAUUCGGAUAAAGGUGCUGUCACACAUGGGAUAGUCCAUCACGCCCUAUGGGAGUAUAUCACGGAGGUGAAUGCUAUGGAGGACGAGGCAGAACGCGAAAAGUUGUUCAGGGAGAUGUUUGAUAGCUGUCAAGAUGUGCUCGCUGAGAUGGUCCACACUAAGCACGGAAGCCGAGUGGUCCGCGAAUUUAUUGCUCGAGGUACAGCCAAGGACAGGAAACAUAUUAUCAAAGCCCUCAAGCCACACAUCGAGCGCAUAUGCACAGACGACGAAGCGCAGCUUGUCCUCUUCACGGCGCUAGACUGCAUUGACGACACCAAGCUCCUCGCCAAAUCGGUCGUCACCGAAAUCACCUCAAAAGCAUCCAUGCUGUACACCUGUCCGCAAGGCAGGCGCUCCCUUCUGUACCUCAUUGUCCCGCGCUCGCGGCGGCACUUCACUCCUGCGCAGAUCGCGCUGCUCGCCGAGACGGACGCAUUGAAGGCCGGCACGAGCAAGAAGGACGACCAGACGCGCAGGGAGGAGGUGCGCAAGGCGGCGAGUGAGGGACUGCUAGACUGGAUAGCGCGGAGUGGAAAGGACGUUGUCAGGGAUCCUGGGGGCUCGUUGGUCGUCAGUGAGACCAUGCUCUCUGCAGAGGGCGAUAAAACUGGGGCGAUGGAGAGCUUGCUCAAGGCCGUUGCGUCGCCUUACCCGGGUAAACCCGACUUGCCACAUCCCAUCGACUUGCCGCAUACGGCGAGGGUGUACAAGAAUCUGCUGCAGGGCGGACACUUUGACCACACGACAUUGAGCGUAUCUCGCUCCCCUUCCUUCUCUUCCUCUGUGUUUGCGGAGAAGUUCGUGCAGAUCGUAGGGAAGGAUGUGACGCUGGCCAUGGCGAAAGGGAAUGGUGCAUUUGUGGUUGCGGAGCUGCUGGAGCGAGUGAAGGCGGAAGGAUCGGAUGAGCUGAGGAAGGAGGUAAGAGCAUGGUUUAGUGGACAGGUAAAGAAGGAAAUCGAGGGUGCAGACAUGAAGGGGAAGAAGGUGUUGUUGGAGAAGAUAGACGCUUUGUCAUCAUAGCCGUCCUGGUGACGAUCUAGUGGUCCGUCUAUGUUACUCGUGUUGCCGUUCGGUAUAGUAUUGAAUCAUUAUCCUGGUGAUUUAGGAUAUAUGCGUAAUGACAUGUACAGUCCUCAUAUACACCCGGAUGACCCGGCAUCAACCGCUUGAAUGAAAGGGAAC